AUGUUGGCACCACAAGCCGAUCGGGUCAUGGAGGUUGGAGAAUGGGAGGAACGCUGGCAGGAGAACAGGAUCGGUUUCCAUCUGCCUCAUGUACACAAGUAAAUGCUCCACUUUCCUUUUAAUGGGGAAGUUAAAAGAAAGUUCUGCAACUGCAUGUGUAAUUAAGCAUGAUUAAUAAUGACCAGAAAAGCUGCAUUAAACAAAUAAGCUGUGUACAGGCUGCAGCGUCGGGCUGGUAUAUCAGGAACAGCUUUGAACUGGUUUUAUUUAUAUUUAACAAAUCUGAGAUUUUAUAUUUCAAAUGAAGCGCAUGUUUCCCUUCACUCUGAAGUGAACUGUGGGGUACCUCAGGGGUCAGUUUUUGGACCUCAUUUAUUUUCUAUCUGUAUGCUCAAGUUGAUUGUAUCUCAGCCUAUACAAUCAACUUGAAAUUUUGAUUCCUUUUUUCUAUAAAGUCCAGAAGUUUAAGUGACAGGUUAUCAUCUAUAAAUCGUGAACUAAUUGUAUAAAUUUGUUUUGGCAGAAUGCUGGAGACACACAUUGAAAAAGUUCUUGCAGGACGGACAGGAGUUCGCUUCUUCUUCCCUCUGUGUGGGAAAGCUGUGGACAUGAAAUGGUACUUUAUUCUAUAAGAGGGACAACAUUCAUUAUUUGCAUUUUCGGUUUUGUUUUGUUUUGUUUUGUUGCAAAUAAAUGAAAAGGAUUUGAUCUUCCAGCGAGCUAAAUUCACUCCACUUUGUGUGCCACUACCAGGCUGGCAGACAUGGGCCAUUCAGUGGUGGGGGUGGAGAUAUCUGAAAAGGCAAUUAAACAGUUCUUUGAGGAGAACAAUAUGACCUACAGUGAAGAAGAUGUCCCCGCCAUACCUGGAGCUAAGGUCUACAAGGUAUUGAACUGUAAAAAUGAGGAAUCAGGGAUGAAAGCAGUGCAAAAAACUGGGUUAGAUUUCAGAAACUGCAUCACAACAAUAUUUGUAUUAAACACCAGCCAAUCACAAUUAUAAAAUUUGAUAUACUGCUUUUUAGGAUGGAAAAUACAUGUCAUUAUUAAGUGGAAUUAAACCCCACUCGGCAGCCAGUUCAAAUAUUAAUCAGCUAAGGCAUUUCCAGAUGUCUUUAAAACUGUCGAAAAGUCAGUUAUUAUUACAUUAACAAGCAGUUUGGAGAGUAGGUUGUAUUACCACCCAAAGAUAGUUUAAUUCAGUCUCACUUGUACUGUAUUUUUUGAGUAGCCCCUUUGGUGGCUUGAUUGUAAAAAAUACCCUUGUAGAUGUCUAGGACACAUUACUAUGUCUUGUUAUUGUAAAAAUAAGGCUGGACUUGCGUGACGGCACAGCAACAUUUCCCUGAAGGUGAAAGAAUAACCAGAUUAUAUAACUGGAGGAAAUACACAUUGUUUUCACCCCAAUAUGUGUAGAAUCAUUAAUCAAAACUGUCUUUAUUCCACAGGGCUCAGAAAGAAACAUCUCCUUAUAUCAGUGUAACCUGUUCGACUUCUCCAGGUUGGAAAUUUACAGCUUUUACUCCUCUUCAUAGAACAGUUACAACUCAUAAUCAAUCAAUCAACUUUAUUUCUAAAGCACAUUUAAAAGAACCACAAGGGUAGCCAAAGUGCUGUACGAUGACACAUAAAAACAAAUAAAACAAUCAAAGAACAAGAUAAAGCGAGUAGAAAUACAUUCAUGCAAAAGAAUAAAUAAGCAUAUAAAUAAGCAGGCUCACGGCAAGUGCUAAGAUGUUAAAAAACAAUAGAACACUACAAUGUAUCAAAAGCCAAGGAGUAAAAGUGCGUUUUUAAAAGGGAUUUAAAAAUGGGAAAUGAGGAGGCCUGUUUAAUUUUCAAGGGCAACUCAUUCCAGAGCUUAGGGGCAGCAGCGGCAAAUGCUCUGUCCCCUCUGAGCUUCAGCCUUGUAUUGGGGACCAUUAGUAACAGUUGAUCAGCUGAUCGUAGAGGUCGGGGUGGGCAAUAAGGCUGGAGCAUCUCAGAGAUAUAGGGUGGAGCAAGAUUGUUCAGGCCCUUGAAAACAAAUAUUAAAAGCUUAAAAUGAAUUCUGUACUGUACAGGGAGCCAGGGUAAGGACACCAGGAUGGGGGUGAUGUGCUCACUCCUGCGGGUCUGAGUCAGGACGUGCAGCAGAGUUCUGCACAAGCUGCAGGCGGGCAAGGGAGGCCUGGCUAAUCCCACAAGCUAAUGUUUAACUGAAAUCUUGUGUUUCUGGAUAACAGUUCAGUUGGAGGUCAGUUCGGGGCAAUCUGGGACAGAGGAUCUCUGGUGGCCAUCAGCCCACGAGACAGAGAAAAGUGAGAGGAGACUGUACCAUAGCUUGAGACUGUAUAUUAGACAUUUUUACCGUUUUUUUUUUUUUAUAUUUUGGGAGGAAACUAAACUUUUGCUCCAAGUUUUCUCAUACAUAUUUUGUACAAUUUGACAGGUAUGUUGCUGUCAUAAUUCCCCUCAUGGCCAAAGACUGCAGAUACCUCCUGCACACCUUCCUGUACAAUCCUGAAUUGUAUCCAGGUAACUGUUAGGACGCCAAAACAAGAAAAUCCUACCGUUCUUUGUCACUUAUUCAUAAAUCCAAAGAACAUGCAGAGUUUUAGUGGGUUUGCACAGUAUUUUAAAAUGUAAAAACUUUCUGUGAUUGUAUGUUUUUCUUUAAGGCUCUCCAUUUUUUGUGCCCGAUGAACAAGUGCAAAGUCUGUUUUGUGAGUUUUGAAGAACAGCCAUGAGUGUUUAAACUCACUCUUUUAAAUCAACCACAAUAUACACAGCACUUUAAAAGUUCCAGGAUUCACAGGAGAAGUGAUUUUAGGAUGCUGCGUGCUAACAUUGUGCAUUUUUCCAUCUUAGGGAACAGCUGCAAUAUCGAAUUCUUGCAAGCGGUGGACACCAUCACUGAGGAGCACCAAGGCUGGGGGCUGCUGGAAUCCAUAAGUGAACAUGUGCACCUUAUCACUCCUAAAAGCAGCUAG